CCUUUCCAUGCGCAUUUCUGAUAAUCGACCGGUCUCAUCGGAUUCAUAGUAUCUAAACUUCGUUCGCUAUAACCGGUAUGGUGGAGUUAGCAGCAUGCUGCACACUCUCGCUCUCAGUGUGAACCGGUCUGGCGAAAGAACGAGGUGAUGCGAUCGAGACCGAUUAUCGACAUCCACCACUGAGCUUCCAUUUUGUGCCGUAAACGUAGCAAGGUAACUGGAUUUAAUAAGGCAACUGGUGGAGAUGGUAGAUAGCAACAAAUUUGUAUCAUUCUUGCCAGCAAAAAAAAUGGAAGAAACCGAAGAACAAGUACCAAAAACUGUUCCGACAAACCGUUCUCUGUUGACACGUAUGAGCGCAACUUCCUUGUUGCUAACUCGGCUAAAGUCUAGACGCUCAUCGCCUAAGCAAGAUGAUAACGAACUUGAGAGUGGUCCAUACGAACCGCCAUCACCCGACAGCCCGAUUAGUCCCAUACCUUCCAUGGAAGAUUACUCCAUCUUCACUGAUCCUUCUUCUUCCGAUAAUUUCGACCGCACUUCCCUGCGUAUCAACGAAGAUUUCAUCAGAAAUAUUCUCAUGGAACACAGGAGGCGUUUAGGCUACAAAUCCCAAGUGUGGGAAAAUCUGGAAUUAGAAACCUGUAAAACGGACGAGAUAAAUAUGGACACAGUCUUUGUGGAUACCAAGUCCAAUGAAACUAAUGAUGUCUUUUUGCUACAAGCAAGUUUUUUGGGUCGUACGAAUUUAAUUCAGCGUUUGUGCAAAUGCGGAGCUAACGUCAAUUACACUGAGCCCGAGCAUGGUCUCACUCCGUUGCAUUUGUGUGCGUUUCGAAAUUGUCUAGACGGGGUCAAAUACUUGAUAGAACAAGGUGCGAGCAUUGAUACCAAUUCGAAACACACGGCGUUUCAUUACGCCGCCUUUGGAGAUGCCUUCGACGUUGCUCACUACUUCAUGCAACUGAGUAUCAGUCAGCUAUCUCCGCAAGACGCUGAAGAGACGGUAUUGCACGUGGCUGCACGAACUAACGCCCUGCGCGUACUUUCUCUACUGGCGCCGAACAACAAGGAGCUGGAUCGUUUGGAUCAAGACGGAUAUGCUGCUAUUCAUCACGCAGCCGACGGCGGAGACAAAGUUUGCUUGGAUAUACUUCUGAAAGCCGGUUGUCAAGUGGAUUUGCUUACCAGAAAGAAUGACACCGCUUUGCACUUGGCUGCGGCAGCCGGUUGCGCGGAAAACUUGGCUCUUCUGGUCGCGGCAAAUGCUAAUCUUCAACUGAAGAACCAUCGAGGACAUACGGCCUUGCAUUUAGCCACCCGUUCGCAUUCUCUGGAGUGUGUGGAGAUUUUACUGAAAGGUCGCGCGGAUCCCAAUGUGGAGGACGCCGAGGGUCGGACGCCUCUGCAUCUAGCACUAGGCAAGUCUCUGAUGACCGACGACAUUAUUGAACUUUUGUUGAAAUGGCGGGCGGAUGUGAACAAGGCUGACAAAUAUGGCUAUACCCCGCUACACAUCGCUGCCUCGAACGAGCUAUCGCGAUGCGUUAAUUUACUAAUAAAAUCUGAAGCGGAUCUCAGCGCCAGGACUAUCGGUGGUAACAGCGCCCUGUCUAUCGUUCUGCGUAAGACUCCAACAUCUCUGGACGUGUUCGAGCGUAGACUGGAUAAAUCUCUGAUUCUGAAUCGUCACGGAGUCACCGCGGGUGAGCUCGAAUUGCAGCUCGACUUUCGUCCGUUAAUGCAGCACCGGCGGAACCGGCAGAGUCGCUCGCCCGAGAUUGGUUAUCUGAACACCUUAGUGAAAGAUGGUUACAAAGAGAUCCUGGAGCAUCCUCUGUGCCAGUCUUUCCUCUAUCUCAAGUGGCAUAAGAUUCGAAAGUACUAUGCCGCCAGAUUACUCUUCUAUCUCAUAUACGUGCUGAUCCUUACGAGCUGGGUGAUAACUGCCCUCGCUCACGAAUGUUACAAUGACUCGCAGGAAUACAAUAAGUUGCAGAAUUAUAAUGAGUCAACAGAGAAUUCGCCGAACGCUACCAGUAUUUAUGGAUUGUGCGCGAACUCGACCGGAAUCUAUAGAUUCCUCUAUAAACACUCUACGAUGCUCGAGAUUCAGUGGUACAUGCUGGUCGUGUUCACUUUACUCGAGGCUUGUCGCAAGUUUACCGUCAUUCCCAGUUACCGAUCUGUCAGACAAUUCUUCACGCAAAUGGAAAAUCUAGUUGAGUGGUGCGUGAUACUGAGCGUGUUUGCCACAUCUUUCGUGUAUACGGGAAAAAUAGAAUUUUGGCAAAGUCACUUGGGCGCCUUAGCCGUACUCUGUGGUUGGAGCAAUCUGAUGCUGAUGGUCGGCCAGCUCCCGGUGUUCGGCGUUUACGUUGCUAUGUUCACGAGCGUGCAGGCACAAGUAUUUAAGCUGCUUCUGGCCUAUUCCUGCCUGCUGAUAGGCUUUACAGCAAGCUUUUGCGUUAUCUUUCCACAUUCCAACUCAUUCAGCAGUCCGCACAUGGGUCUCAUUAAGGUUCUCGCGAUGAUGACCGGCGAUGUAGGCUUUGAGGAUCUAUUUUUUGCAUCGGACAAGGGUGGCAUCAAGCAUAUUAAAGGAGGAGCUUGGAUCCUAUUACAGAUUUCGGCCCAAAUUUCUUUCGUAUUGUUUCUUCUGUUCGUUACGAUCGUGCUGAUGAAUCUAUUGAUCGGCAUAGCCGUACAUGAUAUUAAGGGCCUACAAAAGACGGCAGGUCUCGCAAAACUCGUCCGCCAAACAAAACUGAUCUACGAUGUGGAAAUCGCAAUUUUUUUAGGAUUUACACCAUCGAAACGUUUCAUCAAGUGCUUACGAUGGACCGCGCUGCUUCUGCCAUCACCUUUACGAGCCGUUUUAACCGUUCGUCCACUAAAUCCCAGAGAGAGGAGAUUACCACGCGAUAUUCUCUCGGCCGCCUACAAAAUAGCUAAAGAAAGAGAUGGACAGAACCAUUUCGCUGUAUCACGCAGAAAAACUUACAGCCAAGCCUGUUAUGCAAAAGCAAGUCUCAAAGGCGACGUAACUGCGGGUCGUCGUCAUGGCGCCGAUGAGGACACGCUACAACACGAUUGCAACAAAUUCAAAGACGAUAUUGCGGAACUCAAGGAGCUUUGUGAGAAAAAUCACACUAUCCUUCGAGAGCUUAUAAAGGCACAGAGUGGUAAAAUAAAUAAACGACAUUGUUAAUAACAAAACAUUACAAAUACCUGUUGAAUUGAAAAGGAAUUUACAGCGAUUUAAAAUUUGAAAUUUUAUCAUAGAGUAGCGAUAAGAGAUUCUAAAACUUUAGAUUCGUAGAACGUGGCAUUGAUACGUCAUGAAUAAUUAAAAUAUCGCUAAUAUUUCAAUGCGUUUUAUAUUUUCCAGUUGCCUAAAUCCUGCCUACGAGACAUCAUUUUACCUCUGAUACAAUAGUGGUUGUGUCCAAUAGCAGCUAUAUUUAAUUUCGUCCAUUUCCAUAUAUGAAUUUUAUGUAAAAAGUACCAAGGGCUUGCAUAAUUUUAUGCACAUAAUAAAUGCUGCGUUAAGUAAAACGUUUUAUUUAACUUACACGCGGUAACUGCAUGAAAUAUUUCCUUAGGAGAAAGCUUUUACUUACUUUAAUCGCCUAAAAUAUAUGUUAAUUUUUUGAAUAUAAACGUUUAGUAUGUAUUUAGUAUCUAAAGACACAUGGAUUUCGUGACGCGAAUACAAAUAUAUGUAUAUUGAUGAGACCUUAGAGAAAAUAGGACAGUUCGUUUAUAUAUUGUUUAAACACUUUUUCAACACUUGUACAAAUUUUUAUAAGAUAUCUCAGCUUAUCAAAAAAGUUUCCUCAUUUCUGAGGAAUCAAUAUGUAAGUUUACAUAUAAACCGGUUUAUAUAUAAUUAUCUUAAGAUUGAUGCAAUUUGAGUUGCGAUGUUACAUCUUUGGAUUAGUAUAUUUUAGUAUCAAUAUUACUUUUAAUUUCUUAUUAUAUAAGUUCUAAAAAAAAGAGUUUUCUAAUCAUUUUCUUUUGGUUUUUUUUAACUACUAUACAAUAUACAUUAUUUGAAGCUGAAUAAGCAUAACUAUGCACAUAUAUUAUUGUUGCAAAUUUUCAAUCAAGAUGUAUUGUUAAGUUGUACGAAUAAAUAUUUUUAUAUCAUGA